AUGCAGUCUACUCGGCCUCCUUUUUUUAUGCCUGACUCUUCUAUACAGGCCCAGUCUGGUCAGUGGGUCUUUCAGCCGGCACCACCUCAGCCGACAUCAUUUACCUAUCCUACUUCAAUACCUAUACCUAUGUAUUGCCCACCACGUGGCAGAUCUCCUAGCACAUCGGCCACUUUGUCUCCUUCUCCUUCUCUUUCUCCUUCUCCAAAUGGUACACCUCCAAGUGUAUCUAAUUUGCGCCAUAGAGAUAGCAGCUCUGAGCCUGAGUCACUGCCAUCCAACCAGUCUCAGACCCAUCUCCGUCCUCCUUCACCUGCUCCUGCACCUGCUCCUGCUCCUGCACCUGCACCGGCUUCUAUACAGGCACCGAUAUAUCAUGGUUUACAUCCGGGAGAUAGAGAUGCGAUGGGUCGAAUUUUCAUCGUGCCUGAGGGAGCUGGCCCUGUUGUCCCAGUCUGUGAACCAUCGCGAAAGAGUUCUAUUCCGCUGGUUAAAACAGGAACUUCGGGCUCAUCUCUACGUCCAAAACCUCCGGUGGUCAGCUUGGAAUCUUCAUUGGCUCACCUAGCCAAUCUAUUCCUUCAGGGUCACAUGGCUGCCACCUCCACUACUGAAUUUGCACGAUCGAUUUCUCCCUCCCGUGGCGAAGUCAAGCUACAGGAAGAAAAUGACCAGCCAAGGGCUAAAAAUAAAGUUGCCUGGCUUGAGGAUGAUUUGAACAACAUUCAGAGCCAGCUUUCCAGUGUUGAGAGGAAUAUGCUUGAAGAGGCAAGCGCUCCUGAUUUGGAUCUUCCUACGUCACUGCUUGAAGCGAAAAUCAACUUGGAUGCUGCAGAGAUGGCUCUAGAAGACAUCCAGGAUCCUGAAGUGGACGGACCAGAGAGUGAAAACUCUAGGUCACCACCAGUUGCUGGAGCUUCUCCGGACACUUAG